AUGUACACCAACACCAUCACCUUCAUCGGCAUCGCCACAGCCUUCUUUGGCACCCAAGUCUUGGGCAGGUCUUGCCAUCUCGAGACCACGGCAUACCACCGACAGAACAGCGCCUGCGGCUCCGGCAGCUGCAUUGCCGGAGAUACCUUCGGCGGUAGCGGCGUGUUUAAAAUCGACGGCAAGAUCGAAUGGAACGGAAAGGGCGCCAACUACGAUAAGCUGAGCAAUGGCAAAGGUGUCGAUGUUGAUGCUGGUGGUGUCAAAUUCCACAUCGACCCGCUCGGCAUCCCAGACGCCCGGGACAAGCCCAGUUGCAAGGUCCACAUCGGCAGCUACACCAACCUCGGCAUUGGAAAGACGAAGAACAUCGGCCUGCCUGGUGUUGUGGGUAGGGACUUUGACUGCACUCAUGACUGGAACUGUUGA